AUGUCACAUCAUAUAAAGACAGGCUAUCUUCGUUAUUAUUAUAAGGGUUUAUUAUCAAAAAAAUGGAAAGAUUUUUAUUUUGUCCUUUUUGAUGAUUCAACAUUACAAUGGUAUGAAAAACAAAGUGAUCGAAAACCAGAAGGAUCAAUACGUAUUCGUGAUAUAGCACAAAAUCUUUGUGUUGGACCAUAUACAAGAUGUUUACCAAAUCGACCACCAUUUCCUCGAACAACUGAUGAAGCUAAUCUUAUUGCUUUACCACGAUCUUCACCUGGACAUCAUAGUUCAGAUAUUGUAUGGAUUCUUUGUAAUGAUGUUACUCAUCUCAAUGAUUGGAUGAAAGCAAUCGUUUCUACAUUACCACCUCCACCUCAACAACCUCCACCACCACCUUCUCAGCAAUAUAGUGAAGCUAGUCGACCAUCUGCCCCACCAUCCGGCCCUCCACCACCGUAUCCAUCAUCAAGUCCCUAUUCUCAACAACAACAACAACAACGUUCGAUGUAUCCACAACUGCAAGGUAAUCAACCACAGCAACCGUAUCGUUCACCAUAUGGAGGUACAGGUGCAUCAAAUAGUCAACAGCCAAACUACCCUCAUACAACAGUAGUUGUUCAACCUUCGCCCACUUAUGGCAGUGGCGGAGGAGGAGGAGGAGGAGGAGGAGGUUAUGGUGGCUAUAGAGGAGGCGGUGGAAGUUCAUUAGCUGGUGUAGGAUUAGGCCUGGCUGGUGGAGCAUUACUUGGUGGUGCUCUUGGUUAUGCAUGGGGAGGUGGAUUUGGUGGUCAUGGCGGUUGGGGCUAUGGAAUGGGACCUGGUGGACAUUCUGGCGGCUAUGGUGGAUGGGGUGGAGGUAAUGAUACCACUGUUAUCAAUAACUAUUAUGAUAAUGAUACAACAAAUAACUAUAAUCAAGAUACAACAAAUAAUGAUUAUUCAGCAUAUAAUGAUACAAAUAAUCAACCAACAGAUAGUUUUCAAUAUGAUACAAAUAAUGGUGGUGGAUCAGAUGAUUAUGCUGGUGGUGGUGACUACGGUGGUGAUAACGAUUUUGGCGGGGGCGAUUAUGGUGGUGGCGAUUUCGGCGGUGGCGAUUUCGGCGGUGGUGAUUUCGGCGGUGGCGAUUUUGGUGGAGGUGAUUUUGGAGGAGGCGAUUGGUAA